AGAGAGCCGGGCUACGCCACCAUCCUUCCCCUGAACAACCUGCCCCAGGAUCCCUCUACACUCCCUGUGCUGUGCCAACAUGAAUUUCCCACUAGCACCUACUUCCCUUUAGAUGACAAUAGGCAGCACUACAAACUAAGUCAUGAGUCCCAAGAGUCAAGUGAAACCUUUGAUACAGCUUACCCAACCCUGCAGCAAAGAGCUCCACAGACCAGCAGGAUUGUUAUCACAACUAAUAAUGUCAAUCCCUCACUUUCAUAUGUCAAAGAAGUGGAUGUAGGCAACACUGUUAUUUCUUAUGUUCCCCGUAAUAUUGUGUUCAGUGAGGACCCAGACUUUUUUGAUACUGUCCAUGAUGUUGUUCAUGUUAAGUGUUUCCAAACCGACAUUAACUUUUCUAUUGCACUCCUGUGCAAGCCACAGGAUAUCUCAGAGAAUUGUCUUGUUGUUUGGGCAGUAGAUGAGAAAGUCCGGCAAAACGCGAUGUGGAGUAGCCCGGAAUACUUGAAAAGAAAAGAUGAAAAACCCCAGAUAAGUGCGAAAGUUCCCUGGUCAAGGAGCAAAGGUUCAAAUAAGGAACAGCUGCCAAAUACUUCAUCCAGGGGGCCAGUUAUGAUGGAACCUCUCUACCAGAGUGUAAGAUCAAACCCAAAGAAAUACCAGGGAAGAGUACCUUCCAUAGUGGCCUUAUUAAGCCAUCAUGCCAAGAGUCACCAUAAGACUCAAAAGAGUGCACUGCAGUCUGAGUUGCCCAUUACUAAAGUAUUCCAAGAAGAUUCCUCAGAGAAAGAUAAUGUAGUAUGGCAGCAAAAUCGGUUUGCUCCCAUGUCUCAGGAGAUUCACCGAGCCAUGGCUAGAGAAGAGGAAGCUAUUUUGGAUAUUUCUAAUAAACAGAAGGCUGAUUUUAACAGAGGAGGAGGAUACAGCUUCAGUUACCAUCUGAGCCCAUCAACCAUGCCAGCAUCACCAAGCAGGCCUUCAGUGCUCAACCUGCCACCUCCACCCCAGAUGCCAUUGCCCCCUUUGCCAGAAGUCCAUGACUAUGCAGAGCCUAAGCCUGGCCCAUCCUCCAGGGGUGAGACUGGCCUAACACCACCCAAGCCAUCAGUGUCGUGGAAAGAAUUCCAGUCCAGCACGGUCACCAAAGUUCAUAAACUCUGUCAGCCAGUGGCAUAUAAAGCUCAGAGACUGUCAGAAUCAGUUACUUUCUUGAAUCCCUACACUCAGAAAACAGAAUGUGAGACAUCAGCAGAAGAAAAGGGUUCAAGUCAGAUCAUUGUAACUCCUCAUUCUGAAAAACAGAGGAGGGAGUCAACAUCCCUGUUUCUUCCAGAUGAUGAUCUUGUUAAACCUAAGGAUAUAAACCAACAGAAACUCUCUACUGUCUUGGUUUUGUCAUUGUUUGUUAUUGCUCUUAUUAUUUUCUAUCUAGUUUAUUUCCUAUAGAUAUUUCUUUGUGAUUUGUAUCACACUCGUAUGUUUUUAAUUGAGACACAGUUAGUUGAUAAUCUGAGCUGUUCUGAGGGAGCUUCUAGACUCAGUGUUGUAGCUUACAUGACGUGUUAAAUGUUUUGCUUCAAGGACGAAAAAAAGUUAUCUAGUUUGCACAAAUACCUGAAAAGCACUCAAGCAAUAAGCAUAUAGUACCAGCUGGUUUAUGAGCAGUUAAGCAAUAAUGCAGCAGCUGGUUCAUAUGUUUCUUAUGCUUUUCAUUACUUACAAUGUACAUGUUGUUAGCUAAAAUAAUUAUAUGAAGAAUACUGUUACACCUACUGUAUGUAAGACACUCGUGCAAAGAAAGAUAUAUUGCAUGACUAUUCUACAAGAUAAUUUUAGAAAUAUCUAAUUACCAUGUUGCCUAUUAUUGAUUUUUAAUUGCUGUUUAUGUUGUAUGCAGUGUUGCUUUAUAAGGAUGGUGUUGUUUUGAUAUUUAUAGAUUAUAUAUACAUAGUUUUAUGUUUAUAUAUAUAUUCGAUGCUUGAUUCAAUAAAUUAACUACUGA